AUGGCAGCUAACGAGACUUAUUUUGGUGAUUUUAUCCUAUUAGGAUUUCCGGAAGGACAGAGUAUACUUUCGUUUUCAAUUGCAAUAAUCUACACAAUGAUCAUUACUGGGAAUCUAACUGUGUUUAGCAUUAUUCAAGUUGACCGCCGUCUUCAGACACCAAUGUACUUUUUCCUGAGUUGCCUAUCCAUAUUAGAUGUGUGCUACUCUACGGUCACUCUCCCUGCUAUGCUGGUCAAUGCUAUAAUGGGCAACAGAAGGAUUUCCUUCAACAGAUGUUUUAUACAGUUCUAUUUCUUUGUGUCUUUUGGAGGUGCAGAGUGUCUUCUGCUAGCUGCCAUGGCCUAUGACCGAUACGUGGCCAUAUGUAACCCACUGCACUAUCUGCUCAUUAUGAAUAAGAUGUUCUGCUCGUAUUUCGUAGCAGGGUGCUUGAUCUGUGGAUUCUUGAACUCAGUGUUCCACACUUUGAUGACUGUGAAAUUGACCUUCUGCGGAGAUCGGGAAAUCCACCAUUUCUUCUGCGAUGUUCUGCCCAUGUUAGAAGCAGCUUGUAGUGAUAUAGACAGUAGCCAGGUGGUGUUGCAUAUUGUCACUGUGUUUCUAGGGGUGUCCCCUUUUUUAAUUGUGAUAAAUUCAUACAUACAUAUCAUCUCCGCUAUACUGAAAAUCCGCUCUUCUGCAGGAAGACAGAAAGUCUUCUCCACAUGUUCCUCCCACCUCAUUGUUGUUACUCUGUUUUAUAUGACAUCUAUGUUGAACUACAAUGGUCCCAUUUCUGGAGAUUCCUUUGUCAUUGUACGAGUGUCAUCUAUUUUAUAUAGUGUUCUACCUCCAUUGUUUAAUCCAGCUAUUUACUGUCUGAGAAACGAAGAGGUGAAGAGAGCUUUGAAAAAGCACUUACUGUAA